AAUAAUGCAUUUAUUGGAUCCUGAAGGUAUGUUGGUGCGUCGAAGGAAAAGACUAAGAAGAAGACAUUACUAUAACAAACGCCCGAAUUAUAUGUGGCAUAUUGACGGAUAUGAAAAAUUAAAGCCAUAUGGAGUAUGCAUAAGUGGAUGCAUUGACGGAUUUUCCCACAAAAUACUAUGGCUUAGAGCAGCAUAUUCCAACAAUAAUCCCAGAAUUAUAUGUAGCGAUUUUCUGGAUACCGUAACCAAUAUAAAGGGUUAUCCGCAAAGUAUAAGGACGGAUAUGGGCACCGAAAAUGGACUUGUUAAACAUGUGCAAGAAUAUUUUCAUGAAGCAAUGCAUAAUGUUCAAAAUGGUAAUGUAUUGCCACCAUUUUUAUAUGGUACAAGCCAAGCAAAUCAGAGAAUCGAGGCUUGGUGGGGUUUGCUCAGAAGACAACAUAGUCAGUACUGGAUGAACUGUUUUGAACAUCUUAAGGAUGACGGAAUGUUUAAUGGUACUUUAAUCGAUAAGUCACUUCUCCAGUAUUGUUUCAUGGACCUAAUACAGGUAGAACUAAAUGAAUUUGCUCAAGAGUGGAACAACCACGUGAUCCGUAAAACACGCAACAGCAUUUCACCAAGCGGUCGCCCCGAUAUGAUGUAUGAUUUUCCUGCUUUAUAUGGCGGUACCAAUUUUCUAAAUCCUGUUGAAGAGAAUUACAUCGAAAAUUGUGCAAAUCUGUGCGAAGUUGUGAACAGAUCAUGUCGUGAUGAAACUGUAUUUGAGCUAUGCGAUGUCAUAAGUAGAGAAAAAAAUCUUGGUGCAUCGGAUAGUACUUACUUAGCAAUAAAUAAGUAUUGUGAACUAAGGACGGAAAUUAUUAAAAUGCUGGAAGAACUACAUUUGCAUUAAUUUUUAGUUUAGUUUUUAGAUAAUUUAGAAAAAACAGCAGUCAUAUUACUUAAGUGCUUAUAAUCUUUUCAUUUCAUGCUUAAUUCUAUGUAUAGCUUCGUGGAAAUGGGUUAAAUAAAUCAUUGCAAUUUAGCCGUUACGUUUAUUGAAACAAAAUAAACCUUCUAAGUAAAACAUAUUAGAAUUCGCAGUUUUAAUAAAAAUGAAGCUGACAAAACUCAACAAUAAACAUAAAGUUACAAAAAGGCAACUGUGCAUUCAGAAUAUGGAUAA